GCUCAAAAUUUAUCCUAUAACAUUUGUAGAGCUCAUUGAAAUCAACCAAUGAAAUCGAUCGGACCACCAAAUGAUCUUAAUAAACGUCAAUCACUUUACACAACGGUAGAUGCCCUCAAGACUCGAAAGUGAAAGGAAGAAUGAGUAGAAGUCUACAUAUUCGAUUUGAUAAUAUCAAUGUUGACGGAUAUGAGAUUAUUGACGCUUGUCUACCAUUAUUUGAAUCUAUAACGCAAGAUGUGAAGAAAGUUGACGAAGGAAAGAAAAAGAAAAUCAAAGCCUACUACAAACAACUACAAACAUUCAAUAAAGUUUGUAAAGGAAACAACAUCAUAUCGUUGAAUAGUGUUUUCGAGUAUUUUGAAGGGCUAGUUUUGAGCUUAAAUUAUGCUGAUCUUAAGAGAAAUUUGGAAUAUUUGGAGUUAAGUAGGUCGGAAGUCUGCGAAAGAAGCAAUGUUACAAUUCGUUCGUUGAAGUUUAGUGAAGAAGCCAUUAUCGAUGAAGUUAAAAGCGAUAUGCAGACAGAUAUAAUCAACAACAACUCGAUUUUCACGUUUGCCAGAGUCAGGAAUACUUUUAAAAAAGGUGCUGUUUCAGUUCAUUGAAAGUUCCGUUUAUUUGAAA